AUGCCUCCAGAAGACCCUGAGCGCCACCAGUUGCCCUUUCCCCUUCCCAUGGGGUUGUUUGGAUGGUUACAGGAGCUUUUUGCUGACGAGGAGCUGUCGUCGUCAUCGUCGUCGGAGGAGGACGACAAUGAUGACGAGGCUGUCCCGGGGCCCUCUGGAGUAGGGCUGCACCAGCAUGGGCAAGAGGACGGGGGGGAGGCUGGCCCUUCCUCUUCGCCUGUGUUUGGUCCAGAGGAAAGUGCUCCCCCUCUGUAUGAAAAUUCGGAUGGGGAGUACAGCUUCGAACAUGCUGGGCCGGGCAUGCCCUAUUCCCCUAGUUCCCCACCCUUCCCCUCAGACUCAGAGAUGGAGGGGGAUGACCAUGAGUCUGGUGCCACGUCAGAGGACAAUGAAGCACCGUGUGACUGUGCUUACUGUGUUGUGGAGAAGGAGGAGGGGGCACCACUCAUGGAAUGUCCGGUUGAGGAGCAGGAGGAGCAGGAGGAGGAGGAGUCUGGGUGUGCCAGCAGUGAACCAGGCAUCCCAUCCUCCAUCUGUUUUUCUGCGGUGGAGGAUAUGGAGGUGUCUGGUUCCUGGUCCCCAUCCAGCAGUGACUGCUUUGUUACUGCUUGGGACUCCCCUUCUCCUAGCCCCUCUCCCUCCUCCAUCGGUAGUACCAUUUCCACCUCUUCCACCCCGUCCACCGUGGUCUGCACGGUGGGAUCAGAGAGGCCAUCGAGUGGUGCCAUCUCCUCCGAUGGAUCCAGUUCUGAUUAG